AUGGCCGGUGCGGACGACAGUAGCGAUAAUCUCAAGCUGACGGCGAUUGACUCUCAUGAUCCUACCGAGUACGACAUAUCUCUGAACGUUGUCGAUUCAGAUCAUGAGCUUUCUUUCAUGUUGACCUACUGGAACUCCAAGAUCUCGCCUUCUCACGCAGAACACAUCAUUAGAGCCCUACUAUCAGCUCUAGCCAGCAUCGCUGAAAAGGUUGACCAGCCGAUAGUUAACGUCAACCUCGUCAGCACCGAGACCCGUCGCGAGAUGGACACUUGGAAUGCCAUUGGUAUGCAGGAACUUCACACAGAAUGUGUACACACCCUGUUCGAGCAGCAGGUCCAGGAGAUUCCUGAUCGUCCAGCCGUUUGCGCCUGGGAUCGCGAUUUUACCUAUCGUGAACUUGACGAAGCGGCCAAUGCCUUUGCCCAUCAUCUUCAUUCUCUCGGCUCAGCUAAACCCAAGCUUGACACAUUUGUUGUCACUUGCUUUGACAAGUCGGCUUGGGUUACUGUUUCUCAGAUGAGUAUCCUCAAGGCUGGUGCUGCGUUUGCUGCCAUUGAUCCAGCCCAUCCCAUCGAUCGCAUCAAGGGCAUUGUACACGACCUAGGAGCUUCUAUCCUGCUCACAGAGACAAAGUACAAAGACCGUUUCGAGGGUAUUUUCUCACGUGUUAUCGUUGUGGACCAGGAGGCGCUUGAUUCUCUCGGACCUCGACCUGACCCCCCUGUAACUGGGGUGAGCGGUAACAACUUGUCAUACUCUAUCUUCACCUCUGGUAGCACAGGCCAACCCAAGGGCAUCUUGAUUGAGCACCAGUCCUUAUCUACGGUAGCAAAACAUUUUGCUAAGCCUUAUCAGAUCGAUCGCAACACCCGAUCACUGCAGUUUGCCGCCAAUACAUUCGAUUUAUCUGUCGGCGAGACGUUCAUGGCCCUUCUCAAUGGAGGUUGUCUCUGUAUACCAACAGAGCGUCGUCGACUGGAAGAUCUGACUGGUGCUAUCAAUGAUCUCGACGUCAACUGGGCCUUCUUGACGCCAACCAUGGCAGACAUCUUGGAGCCAGACCUCGUUCCCAGUCUGAAAACACUCGUUUUAGCCGGAGAGGCCGCCACGUCGGAAAACAUCCGUCGCUGGCAUGAAAAGGUCGUUUUCAUCAUUGGAUACGGUCCUGCUGAAACAACCAUUGUUUGUAACUGCACCGACCGCGUCACAGCAACUAGUGACCCCGCAAACUUCGGUCCUGCUCGGGGCGCUGGUAUUUGGGUGACCGAUAUGAAUGACCCCUCUAUACUGCUGCCAGUCGGUGCAGUAGGAGAACUCCUCGUCGAGGGCCCAAUUGUCGGCCGUGGCUAUAUCGACCCCGUUAAGACGGCAGAGGUCUUUAUUGGCCCUCCUGCGUGGCUUAAGACAGAGUAUCCCAGACUCUACCGCUCUGGAGAUAUCGUACGAUACAACCCUGACGGCACUUUAUCCUUCGUUCGUCGAAGGGACAAUCAGGUCAAGGUACGGGGUCAGCGUAUCGAACUCAAUGAGGUCGAGGUCCAUGUAUCCCAAGCUGAUCCAGAGCUUCGUCACGCUGUUGUCCUGUACCCCAAGACAGGUGCUUGCCAAGGACGUCUCACUACAGUAAUCUCGCGUCGCCAACAUCAAGACGCAUCACGUAUCCUGGUCGCCGUUAACAACAAGGAGACCAUGGCUCGCAACCUGGCUCUUCGGAACAAAUUGUCAUCGACCCUGCCUGGUUACAUGAUCCCCAAGAUUUGGAUAGCUGUCGAGGAUAUGCCGCUUACAACCAACGGCAAGAUGGAUCGUCGACAGAUCCUCAACUGGGUGCAGAAGAUGACCGAUCAAGAUCUCGCCAGCAUCGUUUCCUCACCGGAAAAUAAUGUGGUAGGCUCACAAGGUGCAAGGAAACUGACACCUAUGGAGGAGACACUCGCCAAGGUCUGGAGCCAAGUCCUCAACCUCCCCGUUGAUUCUCUCCCGCUGGACCAAUCUUUUACCAGCCUUGGUGGCGACUCUAUUUCGGCGAUGCAAGUCGUUUCUAGGGCCCGGGAAUCUGGUGUCACUGUUUCGGUUGACAACGUUCUUCGCAGCCAGUCUUUGUCUGACCUGGCUACUCGGGCUCGAUUCAAGGCCCUUGUUCCCAGUACCAACGAGACUCAAUCCAUGGCCGUGGUGAAGAAUGACCCGUUCCCUCUACUGCCCAUACAGCGCAUGUUCUUCGAGAUGAAUCCUUCUGGCAAUAGCCAUUUCAACCAGACAUUUACGGUCCGACUUUCCAAGACUCUGGCUGCUGAGCGAGUAAAGACUGCCAUCGCCACCGUGGUGAAGCAACAUCCUAUGCUCCGCGCUCGCUUCUUCAAGGAUGGUAACAACGAUUGGACCCAGCAAAUUCUCCCUGAUGUUGAGGGUAGCUUCGAAUUCCAACAGGGAAGCUUCCCAUCUCUGUCCGAUGCAGUACCUGUUCUCGAUGCUUUGCAGACUAGCCUCGACAUCCAAAAGGGACCCCUCGUCACCUCCUAUCUCAUCAACCUACCUGACGGCCAGGCCCUAUCUCUCGCCGCUCACCAUCUAGUCGUCGAUCUUGUGUCCUGGCGCGUCAUACUCUCUGACCUCGAGCUUCUGCUCUCGUCUGAAUCUGCAUCUUCUUCGUUAGCACCUGAAGCUGUGUCGAUGCCCGUUUGGGCCGAAGCACUCCUUCAACGCGCUGGCGACUACAAUGUCGACUCAGUUCUCCCCUUUAAGGUGCCGUCUGCGGAUUUUGCCUUCUGGGAUAUGGAUAAUGGCCGGGACAAUGUCAUGUCGGACACGAACGUUAUUCAGACACGCCUAGACGCUAAGAGCACUGCAGCUCUCCUUGGCCGCGCCAAUACUGCCUAUGGAACGGACCCAGAUGACUUGAUGCUGGCAGCUCUCGCCUAUUCUUUCCACCGCAUCUUCUCCGAGCGCUCGCUCCCGGCCAUCUACAGUGAGGGCCACGGUCGAAACGCAUGGGAUGAUAGCAUUGAUUUAUCUCGCACCGUGGGCUGGUUUACAACCAUUUAUCCCUUGGCUGUCUCUAACGCCACCCUCGAUCUCAUUGAGACUGUUCGUCACGUCAAGGACAUAAGGCGUCGUAUUCGCGACAAGGGCUUUCCUUACUUUGCCAGCCGCUAUCUCACUGAUCAAGGUCGUGCUACCUUCAAGGAUCACACCUCAAUGGAGGUCCUCUUCAAUUAUCUAGGCCAGUAUCAGCAGCUACAGCAGUCUGAUGCUGUUAUCCAGGAGCUUGGGGCUCCACUUGAAAUUCAGGACGCUGCACCAAGUGCACCUCGAAUGGCUCUUGUAGACAUUGUCGCAGCUGUCGAGGGGUCUGAGUUAGUCCUGUCACUCAACUACAACACAAAGAUGGCCUAUCGCAAUCGUUUACGACUUUGGCUGGAUGAGUACAGCCUUGCUCUGAAAUCCCUAUCAACGGAGCUCCCUGAUAUUGCCCCCUCCUUCACACCAGGAGACUUCCCCCUCCUCAGCCUUGAUGACGCUAGUCUUGUAUCCCUCGCGGCGGCGUGCAAAGCCAAGAGAAUUACUGAAGAGGAAGAGACAACAGAUCAGCUUGGUUUCGACAUCGUAGACUCUCACGACCCCAGCGAGUACAACAUGACUGUGAACAUCCUCGACUUCAACAAGACUAUCGAGUUACAUUUCACAUACUGGACAGACAAGCUCUCAGACAGCUAUGCUUCAGAGGUUGUUCAGGCUUUACUGCGCGCAGUAGACGCUAUCGCCGAGAACCCAAGCCGUAAAAUGCCUGUCAUCGACCUCUUGAGCAACUCCAGCCGCCAACGUAUCAUGGACUGGAACAGCCAAGACCACCCACCAAUGCAGUCGACCGUUCAUGCUCUCAUUGAAGAACAGAUUCAAGCAAUCCCGAACAACUGUGCCGUGGCCUCGUGGGAGGGUGAGCUAUCGUACAGCGAGCUCGAUCGUCAUGCCACUCGUCUUUCCCUGUUCUUACGCAGUCUCGGCGUCGGACCUGAGGUUACAGUUCCACUAUGCUUCAAGAAGAGCAUCUGGACAGUAGUAGCUAUGCUGGCCGUCAUGAAAGCUGGAGGUGUCUUUGUGCCUCUGGAUCAUGCUCAUCCACCCGAUCGUGUUCAAAUGAUCAUCGAGCAGCUUCCAUCGCGUGUUGUUGCGCUCACAUCGCCCGAAUGCGUCCAGACUGUUGCACAUCUCGUCGAUAACACCAUCUCCGUCGAUGGAGCCUCUCUUGCCCAGCUAGAGAACCACGAGAGUGUCAACUCACCCGUCACUGCUGCUACACCAUCUAAUGGUGUUUACAUCAUCUUUACUUCCGGAUCGACCGGUCAGCCUAAGGGAGUUCUUCUUGAACAUUCUGCUGUUGCUACAGGUACAACAGCUCACGGUCACCACAUGUCUUACAGCCGAGAGUCACGAGUCCUUCAAUUCUCCUCAUACGCUUUUGAUGCAUGUGUAAUGGAGAUUAUCACAACACUUGUAUACGGCGGUUGUAUCUGUGUCCUGUCAGAGGAAGAGCGCAUGAAUGACCUCGUUGGGGCUAUCAACCGACUUCGCAUCAACUGGGCAUUCCUCACCCCGGCUGUUGCCAGCAUGCUUGAUCCAUCUGCAGUCCCUACUAUUCGUCUAAUUGCCAUUGGAGGCGAGCUUCUAGGGCAUGCUGUCGUGAAGAAAUGGCAAACAGAUACCUGCCAGGUCGUCCAGGUGUACGGACCUACGGAGUGUUGUGCAAUCUGCACGCAUGAUUAUAGGAAGGGAUUUGAACCGAGACCUGAAAUCAUCGGCACGGCUAUGGGCUGUAACACUUGGGUUGUUGAUCCCCGAGAUCCCAACAUCCUUAUGCCUGUCGGUGCCGUGGGUGAGCUGCUUAUUGAAGGCAAUAUCCUUGCACGUGGCUAUCUGAAUGAUCCUGUCAAAACGGAGGGGGCCUUCUUGACUGGUCUCUCAUGGCUUCCCAAUGGCCGCCUAUACCGAACCGGCGAUAUGGUUUCCUACGCUCCCGAGGGGCAAGGAAACAAGCUCGCUUUCAUUCGCCGCAAGGACACGCAGGUCAAGGUUCGCGGUCAACGCAUUGAGCUGGGAGAGAUCAGCUACCAGAUCGGUGCCGCACACGCUAAGAUCGCUACACGACUUGUUGUUCUCGGAGCCCGCGGUAAAUUUGCUGGAAAGAUUGUUGCCGUCUUGGCCUUCCACGGCUUGCCUGCGGAGCAAGGCGAUAACAACGAGCCAAUGCAGCUGCUGGAUAACCCCAAAGACCAGACUCAGGCCAGGGCCAUCAUCUCCGAAAUUGAAGACUUCAUCAGCGAUAAGUUGCCCUCUUACAUGCAACCAUUCGCCAUGAUUGCAGUCAACCGCAUGCCAGUCAACUCGUCUGGAAAGCUUGAAACACGUCGUGUGGCCGCCUGGGUAGAUGGCCUCAACGACGAGGCAUACAACCGCAUCAUCAACUUUGUUGACGAGCCCGAGACUGAGCCCGAGGCCGGCUUCCUUCAGAAGAGUCAAGCCGAGGAGAUCAUUCGUGGAGUAGUCGCCCAAGUGGUGAACAUGCCCCUGGAACAGGUCCCCCUACGCCGAUCCUUCUUCAGUCUUGGUGGUGACUCUAUCUCCGCCAUGGCCGUCGUAUCCCGCUGCCGUAACCAGGGCAUCGAGAUCACUGUCCAGAAUAUCUUCAAUCUGAAGACUAUCUCAGCCCUCGCAGAGUUUGCCAGCCGGGCCGCCAAACCCACCACCGUGAAAGCUGAGGAUGGAGUGGACAGAUCUGACGAGACCGACGUGGACUUCGCCCUAUCUCCUAUCCAGCAAAUGUUCUUCGACAUGUAUCCUGAUGGCAUCAAUUACUUCAACCAAAGCUUCUUGAUCCAGAUUCCUGCCACUGAGGACCUGACCCCGUCGCUCGUCCAUGAUGCGCUUCGGCAGCUCGUAGAUCGACAUUCGAUGCUGCGUGCUAGAUUCAGCGACGAGGAAGGCGAUUGGGUGCAACGGGUAACGGCUCCCGGUAAUGCCAAAUUACUCAACUUCCAAGACCAUGAUGGUGUAGCGGUUAACAAGGUGGCCAAACUCAUCGAGACCGUCCAAAGGUCGCUAGAUAUCCGCAGCGGUCCUGUUAUGGCAGCCUGUCUCAUGCACCUGACCGACAACCGAAGAAUCUUGGCCUUGGUCGCACACCAUCUCAUUAUCGACAUGGUGUCAUGGCGAGUACUUCUGGAGGAGCUCGAGAUCAUUCUGUCUGGCAAGGCCCAAACCCUGCAGGAUAAACUUUCGCUUGUUCCAUUCCAAGCCUGGGUUCGCACACAGCCCCGUCGUGUACAGAGAUGGAGCCCAUCCCGCGUGCUCCCUUACGACAUUCCCAAGCCCCGACUGGACUACUGGGGUUGGAAUGUAGAGGCCAACCCUUGUGGUUCUACCCGCGAGGUCAGCUUCACCCUGAACACCGACAUCACAAAGGCGCUCCUAGGUCCUUGCAAUGAAGCUUUCCAGACAGAUCCCCAGGACCUGUUCCUCGCAGCUGCCUUCCAGUCCUUUGCUGAAGCCUUCCCUGACCGUGGUCUCCCAGCCAUCUUUGUCGAGGGCCAUGGACGUGGCGACGGCGCUGCUGACAGUCUAGACCUCUCUCGCACCGUCGGAUGGUUCACUUCUAUCGUCCCCGUUGCCUUGGCAGACGACUCUGUCCCUGCUGGCGUCAUCGACAGCCUAAUGAGGAUCAAGGAUACCCGUCGGUCUGUCCCUGGCCAAGGUGUGCCAUACUUCUCCUACCGUUACCUCUCCGCCGCCGGUGUGCGAAAGUUCAGAGACCAUGACAAGAUGGAGAUCUUGUUCAACUACUUUGGCCAGUACCAGCAACUCGAGCGCGAUGAUGCACUCCUGCAACCUGUAUCCGACGUCGAGUUCCCUCGAUACGAUGCUGAUACGUCUGUUCGCCGCCUUGCCAUCUUCGAUAUAGCCGUCGCCGUAGCCGCAGGCGAGGCGACAGUAACCAUCACGAUGCCGGGCGCCCUAAGCCAAGAGCGUGUUGACGGCGUUUCGGUCUGGAUCGAUCGUCUUCAGCACCAUAUCAAGAACCUUACUGAUGCUACAAGCAACAUGUCAACUGGCUUCACACUGGAAGAUAUGCCUUUAAUGAAGGAUAUGACGUAUUCUGACCUCACCGACAUGCGGGAUGUAUGCCUCGAACAUAUCGGUGCAUGGGGGCCGGCUUCCAUUGAGGAAGUAUUCCCCUGCUCGCCAAUUCAACAGGGCAUCUUGCUGAGCCAGGCUCACAAGCCCGACCUCUACGAUGUGCGUGUCGCUCUGAAGGUCAGCUCGGCCAAAGGUUCUCUACAGGUAGAGGAUCUUGCAAAGGCCUGGAGUCAGGUCGUUCAACGGCAACCGAUGCUGCGUACUGUCUUCCUCCCUAACCUCCGCGGUAACGGCUCGUUUGACCAGGCCGUCCUACGAGAUCCCACACCACCCGUUCGACAUAUCAAUCUAGAGUUGGACGCUAGCGACGCCACAGACGACGAAGCAGUGUUGAAGAGGGUCAAAGCGGCUAUGGCACAAGUGAAUGGCGACAUAUUCGCCUACGGAAAGCUCCCUCACCAAUUUAUCACUUACGCCAUCCAGGAUCAGACUUUCGUGUUCAUUCGCCUUAGCCACGCCUUGGUCGACGGCGCCUCACUGCCUAUAGUGCUACACGAUCUACAGCAGGCCUAUGCCCACCGCCUAAGCUCCCAGCCGGGUCUUGGCUACAGAGAGCUGGUCUCAUUCAUCAACCAGCAGCCCGCUGAUCAAGCUAUUGGGUACUGGGCCGACUUCCUCAAAGGUGCCACUCCCUGUCGAUUCCCGCCCCUUCUCGAUAGCAUGAAGGUCCCUUCACCACCAGAACUGGAAGCAAUAGAAGUAGUAGUACCUCGCUCCGAGUCUCUAAGAGCUCUUUGUGCCUCUCAGGGCGUCACCAUGGCCAGCAUAUUCCAUGCCGCCUGGGCACUGGUCCUGCGUGCCUACUCUGGCGAAGACGAUGUCAUGUUUGGCUACCUGACAUCCGGUCGCGAUGCCCCUAUCGACGGCGUAGCCACACUCGUUGGACCCCUUAUCAACAUGCUUACCUGCCGCGUCAAUUUCAAUGACCGCAGCAAGUCUGUCCUGCAAGAACUCCGGCAAUUGCAGGACGAUCUUAUCGAGGGUAUCUCCAACCAGCACGUAUCCUUGGCUGAGAUCCAACAUCGUCUUGGGAUUGGAUCUGAGGGUCUCUUCUCAUCCAUUGUUUCAUUUCAGAAGCAUGAUGCUGCUGCAGCCGCUGACAACAAUGACGGUGGCCUCCUCAAGAUGACGCCAAUUGAUGGCCGCGACCCUACCGAGUACGAUCUGUCUGUCAACGUGCUUGAUGAGGCUGGCAAGGAUAUUGAGAUUCACUUCACCCACUGGACGUCCAAAGUCUCUCCUUCCCACGGGAAGCAGAUGAUGCGUGCGCUUUUGGCCGCCGUGGCCGGCAUUGCUGGAAACCCUGAUCAAUCUUUGGUCAGAGUCUCCUUAGUUGGUGAUGAAAUGCGACGCGACAUGGAUACCUGGAACGCCGCUGGAAUUCCCCUCACAUCUGACGAGUGUUUACAUGACAUUAUUGAGCGAAAGACCCAAGCUACGCCAGAGCGUCAGGCCGUCUGUGGUUGGGACCGAACAUUUACCUACCGCGAGCUUGAUGAAGCUGCCAACGCCUUCGCCAACCAUAUGCACUCUCUAAUUGACUUCAAGCCAGACACCUUUGUCGUUACCUGCUUCGACAAAUCUGCCUGGACUGUCGUCUCGCAGUUAGCUAUUUUGAAGGCCGGCGGCGCCUUUGUAGCUAUUGAUAGUAAGUUUCCCGCUGACCGUGUGGAGGUUAUUCUGUCCGAGUUAGGAUCACCGCCGAUCCUACUCACCGAAGCCAAAUACAAAGACCGCUUUGAGGGCCUGUUCCCACACAUCGCCAUCGUCAAUGAGGACAACCUUGGCUCUUUGGGUCCUGCCACAAAUCCUCCUUCGAUUUCUGUACGCAGCAAUCAUGCGGCCUAUAUCAUCUUUACUUCUGGCAGUACAGGUCGUCCUAAGGGAAUUGUUAUUGAGCACGGAUCCCUGUCCACGGCUGCACUGGUACACGCUGGCCCCCAUCAGAUCACCUCUGAUACGCGGUCUUUACAGUUCGCCGCCUACACAUUCGAUCUCUCCGUUGCCGAGACAUUCUACCCUCUGGCCCAGGGAGGCUGUGUUUGCGUUCCUUCUGAGAGCAGUCGUCUUGAGGACUUGCCCGGUGCCAUUAACUCUCUUGAUGUGAAUUGGGCCAUUUUGACCCCCACAGUCGCUGAUCUUCUCGACCCCGUCAGUGUCCCUGGCCUCAAGACACUUAUCAUGGGUGGCGAAGCACCAACAGCUGAUAAUAUUCGUCGAUGGUCUGACAAGGUCUUCCUUGUUAACAGUUAUGGUCCGGCCGAGACAACCAUGUGGAGUAACGCCGCAGGCCCUCUGAAUGCUGAUAGUGACCCUGCCAACUUUGGCCAAGCCAUGGGUUCUCACAUCUGGGUAACAGAUGCCAAUGACCCAUCUAUGCUGCUCCCCGUUGGAGCCGUAGGAGAGUUACUCAUCGAGGGGCCUCUCGUCAGUCGUGGCUACCUCGACGCUGAGAAGACCUCGGCGGCUUUUAUCAGCCCACCCGAAUGGAUGAAGACGCCAUACCCAGGAAAAUGCUUCUACAGAAGUGGAGAUAUUGGUCGAAGUCGCCCUGAUGGUUCCUUCUCAUUCGUACGCCGAAGGGAUAACCAGGUCAAGGUUCGCGGUCAGCGUGUUGAGCUUAACGAGGUCGAGGUGCAUAUAUCCAACGUUGAAUCAAGCAUUCGCCACGCCAUCGUGCUCUACCCAAAGAAGGGCGCCUGUCAGGGUCGUCUUACUGCCGUUCUCUCCCAAGAUCAUCCAGUAGGAGAAGGACAAAAGUCGACAAACUCUGGCUCAGGUGGUAUCACUGCCAUUCGUGGCGAGCAGGCCGCCACCGCCAACGAUAUUAUUCAGGAGAGGCUUUUGUCAACUCUGCCACCCUAUAUGGUCCCCAAGAUCUGGAUGACGGUUGAACAGCUCCCAUACACAACCAACGGCAAGACAGAUCGCCGCCAGAUCUUGGCCUGGGUCGAGUCACUAACCGAGUCCGACUUGGCCAGCAUUGUCAAACGCGAGUCCAGCACAGAUGGGACUGCAGAAUCGAUGAAAAGAGCCAAGACCCCGAUGGAGGAGCAUCUCUUCGCCAUCUGGGCCAGUGUUCUCAACUUGCCUGUCGAUUCAAUUCCUCAUGGCCAGUCCUUCACCAGCCUCGGUGGAGACUCCAUCACUGCCAUGCAAGUCCUCUCUAAGGCUAGAGAACGUGGAAUCACCACCACCGUCCAUGACAUCCUUCGCAGCCGAUCUAUCCCUGAUCUAGCCAGCCGUUCCCGUUUCAAAGGUAUCGCAGCGAACAGUGAAGAUGAUUCGAAGGCUUUGGCUACAGUGACAGACGAGCCGUUUUCCUUGUUACCCAUCCAACGAUUUUUCUUCAACACACAGCCGUCAGCCAAUCAGCACUUUAAUCAGUCGUUCAUCGUCCGUCUGACAAGAACCUUCACAGCCCAACAGGUCCAGACGGCCCUUACAACCACCGUGAAGCAUCAUCCAAUGCUCCGUGCCCGUUUCCUUCAUUCCGAUGAUGGAUGGAAACAGAAGAUCUGUUUGGAUAUCACCGGAAGCUUCAAGUUUGAACAUCGCAAGUUUUCCAACCUAGCAGACUCCAUGGACAGUCUCGAUAAGCUCCAGGCUAGUCUGGAUAUUACACAAGGGCCUGUGUUUACAUCCAGCCUCCUAGACCUCUCAGAUGGUCAAGCGCUCUUCCUUGCCGCCCACCAUCUUGUUGUCGACCUUGUUUCUUGGCGUGUCACACUGGCAGAUCUCGAGCAGCUUCUGGCAGCCUCUACCGCAGGAUCAUCUCCUCCAUCACUCCAGGGCGAGACUCUACCGAUGCCAGUAUGGACAGAGGCACUUAUUCAAAAGGCCACUGAGUAUCAUGUCGACUCUGUGUUGCCCUUUACCGUUCCUGCUGCCGACAUCUCAUUUUGGGAAAUGCCUUCUGGAAAUGAAACAAACAUCAUGGCCGAUGCUGUCGCUAUCCACACGAGGAUUGAUAAAGCCAGUACUGCGGCACUUCUUGGUCCUGCCAACACAGCCUUCGGCACAGACCCAGACGAUCUAAUGAUUGCUGCCCUUAUCUUCUCUUUCAGAAGUGUCUUCCCUGAGCGCCCAUCCAUCCCAACUGUUUAUACAGAGUCCCACGGCCGUAGUGCAUGGGAUGAUGGUAUCGACCUGUCCGGCACCGUCGGCUGGUUUACUACUAUCUCCCCCAUUGUUGUUCCUGAACAGAACACUGCAGAUCGCGAGCUUCUAUGGACAGUCCGCCAGGUUAAGGAUGUCCGACGUAGGAUUCCCGGCAAGGGACUGCCUUACUUUGCGUGUCGAUACCUAACCGAAGAGGGCCAAGCCGCAUUUGCGCACCAUGAGGAGAUGGAGAUUCUGUUCAAUUACCUGGGACAAUACCAGCAACUCCAGAAAUCCGACACUAUUAUCCAGCAAAUCACGAAAACGACAUCAAGAACACAGGACGUUGCAGAUUCCUCAAAUCGGAUGGCUCUCAUUGAUGUAAUGGCAGCAGUUGAAGACUCUGAACUGGUUCUCUCGCUUGGUUACAACACCAAAAUGGGGAUCCAGAGUCGCCUCCAAGUCUGGCUGGACGAGUUUAAGAAUGUGAUGGAAACCCUCGCAUCCCAACUUCCCGCCAUUUCUGCCACGUUUACACCUAGCGAUUUCCCGCUGCUGGGUCUAGGAGAAGACGGUCUCGUUACAUUCGCCAAUGCCACUAAGGAUAAGGUGGGUAGCUGGAACCCCGAGGUCGUCGAGGCUGCCUAUCCCUGCUCCCCUCUCCAACAAGGUAUCCUUCUCAGCCAAGCCAAAGACGACGCUUCGUAUGCGGUAUCUGGCAUUUGGAAGAUCUCUCCACCAAAAGGAGGCGCAUCAAUCGACCUGGCACGGAUCCAAGACGCUUGGCGCCGACUCGUCCAAUACCACCCAAUGCUGCGCACAGUCUUCUGUGAGAGCGGCAGAAAUGACGGUGUCUACGCCCAGGUUGUCCUCAGAGAGACUGCAACAGCAGCCCAGCCUACAAUUGAUGUUCAAAAGUACAACGGCGAUGACCCCGUUGCCUUCCUCCGGUCGUCGAACCCAGUACUGCCAUCAGAUAAGCCCCCAUAUGCCCUGAUCGUCUGUGAUGCAGGCCACGAUGUCUACCUUUCAAUCACUAUCAGCCACGCAUUGAUCGACGGAACCUCUAUGGGCCUCUUGAUGAACGAUCUGAUUCGCGCGUAUCAUGACACUUUGGAAGGAGUUGGACCUGACUAUGAAGCCUAUAUUGCUCACGUCUAUGAGAAACCUGUGUCCCAGUCCCUUUCUUACUGGUCUGACACACUUGCAUCUGCACGCCCGUGCCAUUUCCCAGUUCUUCUGGAUGGAGACGAAGCGGCAGAUACUAGGUCGCUGAACAAGAUCACGAAGCUCGUGCCUGGCGUCGAAGCCAUGCGCCUGCUCGGCCGCACCCACGGCGUGUCCGUUGCCAACUUCUUCCAGGUCGCUUGGGCAUUGGUCUUACGUGCCUUCACCGGCUCCGACGACAUCUGCUUCGGUUACCUCACUUCAGGUCGCGAUGUCCCCGUAGACCGCAUCGACGAGAUCGUCGGUCCUCUUAUCAGCAUGCUUGUCUCAAGUACCAACUUUGGCAUGGGAGAUGAUGCCCUCUCUGCCCUGGAGCUGCUGCAGACCAUGAACCGCACCUACAUCGACAGCCUGCCCCAUCAACACUCCGCGCUGGCCGACAUACAGCGCGCGUUGAGGAUCGGCAAAAAGGGUCUUUUCAAUACCGUUAUGUCGCUACAAAAGGUGACAUUGGAAGACGAGAUUCCAGGACAACUCGAGCUCGAUGUUGUUGAAGGACAUGACCCCAGCGAGUAUAAUAUCACACUCAACAUAGUCGAUCUUGGUGACACUAUUGAGCUGCAUUUAACAUAUUGGACCGAUAAGCUGUCCGAUAACCACGCAUCGGAUGUUGUCGAGGCCACACUGCGUGCCCUAGAUGCACUCAUCCAGGAUCCAAACCGCACUCUGCCAGUGGUUGAUUUGCUAGGCGACAGUGGUCGCCGGCAGAUCAUGGAAUGGAACAGCGAGGGACAACCACAACCUGCCAUCGAGUCUACUGUUCAUGCCAUCAUCGAAGGUCACGUAGAGGACUCGCCUCAACAUUGUGCGGUCACCUCUUCAUGGGAAGGCGAACUGUCAUAUGCCGAGCUUAACGACCACGCCGCCCAACUCGCCGUCUACCUGCGCAGCCUUGGUGUUGGACCCGAGGUCACAGUGCCGCUUAUCUUCACAAAGAGUAUCUGGAUGGUCGUUGCUAUGCUUGCCGUUAUGAAAGCAGGCGGCGUGUUCGUUCCUCUAGACCCAGCCCACCCUCCUGAGCGCAUCACCAUGAUUGUCGAGCAACUUCCGCACCGGAUUGUAGCUCUUGCGUCACCUGACCGCACCGACCGCAUCUCGGCUCUUGUUGACACCACCGUGGCUUUGGAUGUGAAUGCAUUUGCCAGUUUCGCGAAGCAAAGCACCGCAGAUGACAAACUAUCAUUGGAUCUCGCUACGCCAGAUAACGCCGUCUACAUCAUUUUCACAUCGGGCUCAACCGGCCAACCCAAGGGUGUAAUGAUAGAGCACCGCGCCGCUGUAACUGGCACCACAGCCCAUGGACGUGCUCUCUACUUCAACAAAGAUGUCAGGACACUACAAUUUUCCUCCUACGCCUUUGACGCCUGCAUCACUGAGAUCAUUACCACCCUUGUUCAUGGAGGCUGCGUGUGCGUUCUAUCUGAGGACGAGCGAAUCAACGACCUUGCAGCGGCCAUCAACCGGCUGUCUGCUACCUGGAUGCUUCUGACGCCUGCAGUAGCUAGUACACUCGACCCUUCUGAGGUGCCCUGUAUCCGUUACAUAGCUCUGGGAGGCGAGUCCGCAAGCCAUGCUACCGCCAAGAAAUGGAGCGAGGGUGGCUGCAGGGUUCUUCAUGCCUAUGGGCCAACAGAAUGCACCGUCAUGUGCACUUAUGACGACAGAACUGGACAUCCCACACGUCCUGAGGUCAUCGGUGGCUCUGUAGGUUGCAACACGUGGGUAGUAGAUCCCCGCGACCCAACCGUGCUGAUGCCCAUCGGCGCCGUAGGCGAGCUCCUUGUCCAGGGCCCUAUCCUGGCCCGCGGCUAUCUCAACAGCCCUGAAAAGACGCAAGAUGCCUUCGUCAGUACCGGUCUCCACUAUCUACCUGGAGUCCAGCGUGCAUACAAGACUGGAGAUCUUGUCUCCUACUGCUCUGAGGGCAAGGGUAACAAGCUCAUAUUUGUACGACGAAAGGACACCCAGGUCAAGGUGCGAGGCCAACGUAUCGAAUUGGGCGAGAUCAGCUACCAGAUCAGUGCCUCUCACGACAGGAUCGCAACUCAAAUGGUGAUGCUUGGGUCCAGUGGAACCUUGGCCGGAAAGAUCGUUGCAGUGUUAUCCCUCCGUGGUUUACAAGCGACAGAGGAUAGCAGAGAUAUCGAGCCUUUACAGUUGCUCGAUAACCCUGAAGACCUGCUAGUCGCCAAGGCCACUGUAUCGGAGGUCCAGAACUACAUUGCUGACAAGCUCCCCGCCUACAUGCAUCCUUCCGUCUUCGUUAUUGUUAACCAGAUGCCCAUCAACUCAUCCGGCAAACUCGAAAACCGACGUGUGGCUCAGUGGAUUGACGGGAUCUCAGCCGAGAUGUACGACCGCAUCGUGAGCAGCCUAGCUGAUAACGAGCCAGAGGCCGCAAUUGAGAGCGUCCAAGGCCCUGCACAGAUUAUUAGCGAGGCAGUGGCCGAGAUUAUCAAUCUGGCAGCAGGACAAGUACCCCUUCGCCGCUCCUUUAUCAGCAUGGGAGGUGACUCUAUCACCGCUAUGCAGGUCAUGGCCCUCUGCCGCCGACGAGGCGUCUCCCUCCCUGUGCGAGAUAUCCUCAAGAGCGCCAAUAUCAUCGAAAUGGCAGCCAAGGCCCAGCAGCUCAGCGGUUCUACCGUCGACGCUGAUGCAGCAAAGUCCAACGACGUUGACGAUCUUAACCCCUUCCCCCUUACACCCAUCCAGAAACUUCAUCUCGCGCAAUUUCCCCAAGGAGAGAACCACUACAACCAGAGCAUGCUCCUCAAGCUACGACGCCCUACAUCGGAUAGUGUGCUUCAGUCGGCUCUCUUGGAGUUGGUUCGUCGUCAUCCGAUGCUCCGCGCCCGUUUUGAAAAGGUGCUCCCUGCAGGCCACUGGACCCAGAGGGUGACUAUGGAUGUCGAGGGCUCGCUUUCUUUCUCUACAUCCAAGAACGAGACUUGGGAAGAGGCCCAGGACAUUAUGGUCGAAGCCGAACGAUGCCUGGAUAUUACCACCGGCCCCUUGAUGGCGGCCAGACUGGUCCAUACCCAAGACUCUACGUCUCUCUUCAUGGUUGCACACCAUCUUGUCAUUGAUCUCGUGUCCUGGAGAGUACUCUUACAAGAUCUGGAGCAACUCAUUGCUGGAACAUUACUGCCUAAGACACAGAUGUCCUGGUCAUACCAGCGAUGGGCCCGCAGUCUAGAGAACUACGCCGCAACCAACGCAUCGACUGCUCUAGCCCUGCCGUUUACACCUUCAGAGCCAGAUCUCGAUUUCUGGGGAAUAGACGCAGCGUCGAACAACUUUACCAACUUGGAGCAUGGUGAAUUCACUCUGGACCCUGCUCUAACCUCAGCGCUUCUCGAGGCCGCCGACACGACCCUCAAGGCUGAAGUCAUCGAUGUUUUACUGGCUGUAGCCGCGCACACAUUUUCCGCCGUCUUCUCUGAGCGGUCUGCGCCUACAUUCCACACUGAGACUCACGGUCGAGAUCACCCGCUGGACAUGUCGGCAUCAGUCCAUGAAACAGUCGGUUGGUUCACGGCCAUUGUGCCGCUUGUUCUCAACUCUCAUGGAGACGACUAUGUUGAUUCUGUCAUCCGGGUCAAGGAUAUGCGUAGGGCUAUCCCAGGUCUGGGAGUGCCCUACUUUACAGCCAAGACGCUCACAGGAUCACAAUCGUUACCUGUUGAGAUCCUCUUCAAUUAUCUCGGCCGAUUCCAACAGCUCGAGCGCGAUGAGGGUCUUUUCGAGUCCCUUCCGAAGUCUAUGGGCCCCGUCGACGUCAACCUUUCCGCUGCCCGUAUAUCGGUCCUUGAUAUCUCUGCUGUGGUGGAGAAAGAUGCCUUGAACGUCUCCUGGAACUAUCCUGCAGGAAUCCAGCACCUGGACAAGCUGGAAAAGUGGUUCACCCUUUAUAACCAGGCGCUUGUUGAUGUCGUAUCUGCACUACAGAAGACUUCCUACCAGCUCACAAAGAGCGACCUGCCCCUCCUUCCCAUAUCCCACGAACAGCUCAAGCCACUCAACGAGACAUUAGCAACAGUCUCGCGUCAUGGAACAGAGGGAGUAGAGGACGUAUACCCCACGUCGCCCAUGCAGCGCGGCAUUCUUCUCAGUCAGUCCAAGGAUGCCUCACAGUAUGAAGUCCAUGCCGUCUGGGAGAUCACACCCUCCAAGGGCAACAACUCACAAGUUGAUGUCCCUCGACUUCAGCGAGCCUGGCAACGUGUCAUCCAGCGACACCCGAUGCUCCGUACAGUGUUCAUUAGCAGUCUCCUUGAUAGUGCAGCAUUCGAUCAAGUCGUCCUGAAGAAGUUCCGUCCGUCCAUCAAGAGCUUGACCUACGAUGACGAGGAGGAUCACGAGGUUGCAAUGGAAGAGCUCUGGGACUCGGCGCAUGGAAGCUUCGAUGCUGAUGCUCCUGCGCACCGCCUUGCUAUCUGUGCUGGGCCUGAAGGCAAUGUUUACGCUCACUUCCAAGUCAGCCAUGCCUUGAUCGAUGCAACUUCAUUGCAGACUAUCAUCCGAGACUGGGCUCUCGCUUACGCCAACCCUAAUGUCCCCGCUGUCCCUGGCCCCUCGUACUCGAGCUACAUCGCUCACACUCAAAAGACGUCCCUCGAUGCAUCCCUACGCUUCUGGGCAGAUCAGCUCGAUGGAGCAGCGGCGUGUCGUCUUCCCCGGCUGACUGAUGGUUCUGUACCCACAGAGAAACGCGAAAUCCGCCACUUACAUACCGACGUUACCUUCGGAGCCCGCCUCAGGGCACUAGCGAAGAAGCUCAACGUUUCCAUGCCUAGCAUCUUCCAGCUUGCAUGGGCUAUGGUGCUCCGCUCCUACACUAACCUCCAGGACAUCUGUUUUGGCUACAUUGCAUCCGGCAGAGAUGUCGAGCUCGACGGUAUCUUGGACGCCGUAGGACCAUUCAUCAACAUCCUUGUCUCCCGCGUUGUUUUUGCCAACGGAGACACAGCUACAGAGUUGCUGGAAGAGCUCUUUGGCACGUACUUGGACAGCCUCCCGCACCAGCAUGCAUCCCUGGCCGAUAUCAAGCACGCCCUCAAGAUGCCUAGCGGACAGCUAUUCAACACCGUGUUGUCGUUCCAGAAGGUUUCCCAGUCCAAGGGUCCUUCGAAAGCUCAGGACCUCCCAAUCUCGUUCCGUUCCAUUGGAGGAGCGGAUCCGACAGAGUUUGAUAUUACACUCAGUGUGUUUGAGUCUGACUCCGACAUUAACUUCACGUUCCAAUAUUGGAACUCAUUCCUUUCCGAAGCCCAAGCAAACAACCUUGCCCAGAGUCUCCUCCAGGCUCUAGGUGCCAUUGAAGCUACUCCAGCAGUUGCCGUCGAUACUCUCCAUCUUGUGCCCAUAGAGCACAUGAACCAGCUCAAGUCAUGGGGCGAUCGUCUUCCCGCAGCUGUUGAUAGACGUGUCCAUGACCUUUUCAACGACAUGUGCAUCAGCAGACCAACAGCACCUGCUAUCCAUGCGUGGGACGGGGACUUCACUUACGCCGAGCUUGACCAGGCUUCGUCACGCCUGGCCGGUCUUCUUCUUGAGGAGGGUGUCAAGCCCGAUACUUUCGUUGCUGUCUGUUAUGAGAAAUCAGCCUGGGUUGCCGUCGCCUUCCUCGCCAUCCUCAAGGCGGGUGCCGCCUUCAUGCUCCUAGACCCAGAAGCGCCGAUAGAGCGUAUGCAAAACAUGAUGGAGCAGACUGAGACGUCCGUAGUCCUGUGCUCACCCACGUACGAGGACACGGUUGAAGACUGGGAUGCCAGCGCGAUCGUCGUCAGCAAAGAUGUCAUCUCCGCCUUGCCCGAUUUCGCUGGUCCGUUCCCAGACGUUCCAAGUUCCAGCGCCGCCUAUAUCAUCUUCACAUCCGGAACGACUGGCAAGCCCAAGGGUGCCAUUAUUGAGCACCGUGCCUACUGCAGCAGUGCCGUAGCGCAGAUGAAGGCCUUUUGUGUCGGGCCAGAGUCUCGCUUCUUGCAAUUCGCCUCCUUCAUGUUCGAUGCUACCAUGAUCGAGAUGGUCACGCCUCUUCUCGCCGGUGGAUGCGUCUGUAUCCCUCGACGACAAGAUAUCAUCAGCGACAUGCCUCGUGUUGUACGAGAGAUGAACAUCAACAUGGCCAUCCUCACGUCCUCUUUCAUCAGGACUGUCACCCCGGAGGAUGUCCCCUCUCUCAAGAGACUUCUUCAGGGUGGAGAGCCUCUGUCUCAGAAGGACGUCGAUAUUUGGGCCAACAAAGUCCAACUGGGCAACGCCUAUGGCCCCAGUGAAUGUUCGGUCGUGGCGUCUUGCCUGUCAACUGUGACAGGAACCUCAGAGCCGUCUAACAUCGGUUACCCGACUGCAUGCGCCCAUUGGGUGACUGAGCCAGCCAACAUGGACCGUCUUGUUCCUAUCGGAGCCAUAGGCGAGCUGCUGCUGGAGGGCCCCACACUCUCGCGAGGCUACAUCAACAAUCCUGCCAAGACCUCUGAGGCUUUUGUCACAGGUCUCCCUUGGGCGUCUCAAAUGGGGCGUUCCCCGGAUACACGCUUCUACGCCACUGGCGACUUGGUGCGCCUUAACUCUAAUGGUUCGGUCACAUUCGUCGGCCGCAAAGAUACGCAGAUCAAGAUCCAUGGCCAACGCAUGGAGCUGGGCGAGAUUCAACAUCACUUGACAACAAUCAAUGAAAUCCGACACUCCAUCGUCUUGAGCCCAUCUGAGGGUCUCCUCAGCAAGCGUCUUGUGGCUGUUCUAGAGCUCAAGGACGUCUCCUCCCCAGCUGCCUCCCCUCAAGACAUCAGCCUCAUCGCACCAUCCCUCCGUUCCAAGGCCACCGAGAGCAUUCACCGUAUCCGUGAUCUUCUCACCCAACGACUUCCUUCCUACAUGAUCCCAUCUACCUGGAUUGUAGUACAGAGCAUGCCAACCAUGAUUUCUGGGAAACUCAAUCUCCCAGCGGUGCAGUCUUGGGUGCAGAAUAUUAAUGAGGAGACAUAUCAGGAGAUUCAUGCAGCAGAGGCAGUCGAUGAACUAGACCGAAGUGACCAGAUCGCUAUGCAGGUCAGUCGCAAACUAAGCUCGCUCCUCAGCGAUGCUCCCGGCGCCACAAGUCGUCCAGAAGACCUUGUGGGCAAGGAUAUCGUACCCAUGCAGUGCGGCCUGGACUCUAUCACAGCAAUUGCCCUCUCGGCAUGGUUGCGCAAGACCUUUAGCGUAACUAUCUCGCUCGCCACCUUGCUCUCUCUUGAUACAAGCAUCCGGACACUUGCUGCUUCCAUCAGGCAAGAGACAGGAGUAACUGAAGUCUCUGGUCCCUCCACGGCCGUGUCUGCCAUAGCAGCAUCCACGACGAAGGGUUCUAUCGACAUGCGCGCAGAAUUCCAGCAUUUUGACCAGAGCUUAUCCAAGCUACCUAUAACGCAAAUCAGCAAUCAUGACCCGGCUCAACGCCCAUCGACGUUCCUUGUGACGGGCGCCACCGGGUUCCUCGGCAGCCAGAUUGUCAGACAACUCCUUCUCCGGCCUACAGUCAAGAGGGUGAUCUGUCUAGUCCGCGCAGAUGACGACGCCCUGGCCCAAGAGCGACUGGUAGACGUCGCCCGCAAGGGACAGUGGUGGGUACCCAACCUGUCAAGCCGCGUCCAGGCGUGGAGUGGCGACCUUGGAAAACCACACCUGGGACUCAACGCCAAACGCUGGUCAUCUGUGGUCGGUGGUGAAAUUGAAGCCAUUAUCCACAAUGGCGCUAUGGUCCACUGGCAUCUGAGCUACCGCGAUCUCAAGGAAGCCAAUGUCAACAGUACCUUUGACCUCCUCUCCGCCAUGUCGACAGCGCCUUUACCUCUGCGCUUCGCCUUUGUCACUGGCGGACAUUUCGCCGAUGAAAAUCCAGAUGAUGACGAAAUCCUUGGCCUCCUCAAAGAUAGCGAUGGAUACUCGCAGUCAAAGUUCCUCUCCGAGGCGCUCGUCCGCUCUCACGGGCAACGACUGCGUAGCCAUCACUCGGCAAAAUUCCCGGCCCCCGUUGUCAUCCAGCCCGGCCUUGUCAUCGGUGACGGAGAACAUGGCAUCGCCAACCUUGAUGAUUUCUUGUGGCGAGUUGUAGCCUCAGCUGUUCGCAUCGGUGCCUACAAUGCAGACGAGUCCAACGACCCCAACAGCUGGCUGCUCGUCGCUGGCAGUGAUCAGAUUGCCUCGGCCGCCGUGGAUGCCUGCAUCCUCCCAGUCUCUGCCUCAGCAAAAAGCCCGACAUCUGUCCGUUUCGUUGAUGGUGUCCCCGUAAAUGAACUCUGGGACCUACUCAUCGAAGACUUCGGCUUCAACAUGCGCCCCAUGUCCAGCCAAGAAUGGCUUCAGGCUCUUGAGGCCGACAUGGAGAGUGAAGGUGCUAGCCAUCCCCUCUUCCCCGUCUUCGCUUUUCUGCAGUCGAAGCAAGGAGCUGUUGGGGCAGUAAAGGUCGAGAAUGGGCUCCCCGUGUGCGCCCAAGAUGAGGUUUUGCACCGGCUUAGGCGCAGUCUCCAGUACUUGGUUGAAAUCGGCUUCUUUGCCUCAUCAGGUCCUGGCCAGGUAAACGGAGCCUUGACCAAGAAAAACACUUUCCGUCGCACUGGCUUAAGACCGGCCAAGACAUCUUUCUUUUAA